GACGCGCCACUUCAACACUUCAUUUCACAACCGCGAUGAACUCAAAAUUCAGCACCAACUAUAGAAAUGGAGCAAUGGAGGAAUGGCAGACGCGAAUUGUUUGAGCAGUUGACCAGUAUCUGUAAUAACAUCGAGCAGAACCUUGACGAUGAACUCGUGAACGGCGACAAUACAAUUAUUAGAAAGGAUGAAUUGGAAAAGUUGCGUUUGAAGGCAAGCUCCUUUGAAAUCGAUAACGAAGAACAUGUUGCCCAGAUCCAAUCGACUGAGAAUUCGCUACACGAGAAGGAAUUGAGAAUUAAGACUCUGGAGGAUGAUGUUUCAAGGCUCAAGGAGGAGCUUCAAUCGAGUAAACAUGCGGCAACUCGAGCUGAUAGACUUGAAGAGGAGAACAGGCAUCUUCUGGAGGAAUUAAAGAAUUACCGGAAUGUAACUUCAAGGGUGGGAGAUCUUGAGGAGCAGAACAAGAGGUUGUCGAUGGAAUUAGGCAAUGCGGCCAUGCGAGCAAGAGAUGCCGAGCUUGCCAGUACCGACAAUGAAAGAUCGAGUUCUUUUGACAACGGAAAAGUGCCUUCGAUUGGCCGGCAAUCAAAUUACAAGGAACUCGACAAUGAGCGCAAGCGAAUUAAGGAACAGUGGUUGAUGCAGAAAGAAAGAGCAGAUAAAUAUGCCAAGAUUUUGCGAGAGAAGAAUGCGCAAUUACGUCGAUGGGAAGCGUGGAAUAACGAGCAGCAGAUACCACAUACAGACAAAGCUGAUAAAGCUGAAGUUCAAGCGCAAAGAACCCGGAAAUCGAGGUCAAAGUCGCAGGAUUUGGAAGGAAGAAAGGCUAUGAUACCCAACAACCCAGGCCAUGUUGAUGUCGUUCCUCAGCCGACUGAAGUUUCUGGACCGAGUCCUACAAAUGACCUUCUAUCAAAGGAAAAUAAUCAAGAGUUUGAUGUGGGUGAUCAUGGGCAUGAACGUGGCCGAAAUGAGGAAGCAGAUCAUGAAUCUCCGCAACUUCCGAGGCAUUUACGGAGAUCUCAGCGUGUUACUAGUGUCGGAGAAACUCAAUUUCUGCCUAUUGAACCAUGUAAUUCGAGUUCUACUCAGGACCCAGAAUCCUCACCAUCUGGCAGUAGGGUUGUCGGUGAGCCAAACAUAGAGACGCCCAAGAUACCAUCAUCCGACGACCCCCCAGAGUUUAUAUCUGCUCGCCCGGUAAGGAAAAGAAAAAGGAACGAGCGUGAGUCACAAGAGAAACCUUUACCCAAGGUCAAGUUAGAGGAGCUUGAAUCAAGUAGUCCUAUCGCAGCUAGAAUACUUCAUGCAAGCGAGAGUCUUGAUUUAGAUGAAAUUGGUGACAAGGUUGUCACACCGAGAAAGCGCCGUCGAGCAUUCAUACCAUACACCGAAGACAUCGAGAACCGAGUUGAGAGUGCGGUGACCGAUGAGUUGUUAUUAGAUGGCGAUAUGAACGAGCAGAACCAAGUCCCUACACCUGUCACCAUUGGACAGUUAGGAAGGGCCAUGAUUACGCCAGCGAGUAAGAGAGGCAAAAAUUCAGUCGGCAAACCUCUACAAUCACUUAGUACCAAUCGUAUUCUUCCAAAUACAGUGGAUCCCAAUCUACCGGCCAAACGGCAACGAAAGUCAAGUGCUAACGUUCGAGGAGUGGAGGAAAUACUCGAAGAUGGAGAGUCAACCAGUCCCGCAAAAACCCCCGUGGCUGGUAGAAAAGGACGCAUCCGCUCUGCCGACCUUCUUGAUAAUCUUCUUUCAAGCUCUCCGCCGACGAAAAUCACCGCAUAUCCAACACCGCAAUCUGUAACUCCAGAAGUACGAUCAGUGAUACUCCCACCGUCCAAGUUAUCAACAGAGAUAAUGACAAGUCGCCUCGAUAAACCCAAGACCUUAGCUACUACUCCACACCUCCAAAAAUAUCGUGAAGAUUUCGACUCACAGGAUGAUACUCCGGUACCAGCAAGAAAAAUGAAUGCAAGCGACCAAGAAAAUGGAAUUGUGAACAAAGCUAUCAACCGUUCUCGGAGCGUCAUCAAGAAAGAGACUUUUGAAUCAGAACGAAUAGCAUCUGUAAUCGAAGAAGAGGCUGAAAACGUCAAAAACCCCACUGGCCGGGCACGAGCUAGUAUCAUGAGAGAGAUUUCUAGACCUCCAUUAAGAGGUUCAAGAAGAGGCUCUAGAGAAACCCCUUGCGAAGCAAGUAGAUCGCCUAACAUAUCUACUCCGAAGGUAAAGGUAGGAACCUCUAAGGCACCGACAGCAAGUAAGGGAAGACCGAGGAGAGGAGUUGGGCGAGAUCUUGACUUAGAUGAUCCUGAACGAGAGCCUUACCGAUUACGACCUGUGGCUACGUUGAAACUUGAUCACUUCAAAAUCAACCCAAACUUCAAUCAAGGUUACGAUUAUGCAUACACAGAAGUAGUUCGUGGUAGGGAUCGUCAAUGUCUUCCCGGUUGUGUGAGAGAAGAAUGUUGCGGGAAGCAAUUUGGUGCUUUGGCACAAGCCCUUUAUCCAGUAAGGGAAAAUCCUACAACUUCACAAAAGGCAGAGGAAGAUACACUUCUUGAAGAGUACUUAGGUGAUAACAAACACAAGAUCUGGACGAUGGGAAAAGAAGAGAGAAAGGAUAGUUUAGCACAAGCUAGAAAAUGGAAAGCAUCCAACACAAUGGGGAAGCAUAAAUCUGUUAUCCCGAGGAGAAGUACACCACCUGGAUUCUGGGAGGCUGAUUUUCCUAAUACACAAGAAGAUGAGGCAUUAAAGAGGAAGCAAAAGGAGAUAGAGCGAGAAAAGGUAGCCGAAAGAUAUGCGGAAGCAAUGAGGCCGGGAGGUGCGUGGCUGUUCAAAGACGAGUGAACGACUACACAAGACUUUGUGAUUCAAAUGAGGAGUAUAUAUGGGAUGGGAUGGAUGUUUUCUGGGAGUAUAGAUAUAUCCAUAUAGCGUUGUUGGUGUCUCGAUUUGUUGUGCUAGGUAAUGGUAGCGGCUCUUUUUGAGAUGCUGGCUGGGAGCAUUGCGCAAUACACAGUACUGCUAUGAGCCUUAGAGCUGAUAUAAAUAAAAUAAAAUGACUUUCAACAUCACGAUGGGCGCUUGGCUUCAUUUAAUACUCUUAUCGGA